CGGUCGAAUAACAGACACUGUUUUAUAGUUGUCUCCUGUCUGCUCUGCCUGUCGAUGACCCACUCACAAAAGGCUGGCAGACAGUCUCCUCGCCUUUGUUUAAUCUAUCGUUAUGUUGUAAAGGAAAAGAACCGGCAACACCAACACAGGGCGCUUCUUCGUUGCUUGGCUGAUUAAUAACACACCACUGUUUAAUUAUCCCAGCAUUGUAGUUGGCAGCAGGGGUAUUUAUGUAACUUUAAUUCAUCUCGUGAGAAAAUAAUCUUCAUACAUUAUUUCUACGUCUGUCGAAUAGAUUUUACUAAUUGAUACUAUUUACGAAGUUCUCAGCUUUUGUUGUCACAUAUUUGUACAUCGAUGUAGUGUUUGAGCACGAACACGAGACGAAACAGUCACCAGUAAACGGUUCUCGCCGAAGGAUUUAUAAGGAUAUAUAUAUAUAUAUAUACACUCGUUCAUUUUCUGCGCGGUGGAGCUGUUAGGAAUCAUUCAGUGAACACAAAAAACGGCGAUACCAUGGAUGACGACUUUGAAUACCAUCUGAAGCUGCCAUCGUCACCGUACAGCGAUGCGAGUAAACACAGCAAAGCGGACCUGAAUACCACAUCGACAGACUGCAUUAAGGAACCAGUCGUCAUCCUUCUUGGUUGGAUGGGUUGUAACUACAAGCAUCUCUCGAAAUACAGUGAAUUUUACGAGGCGAAAGGGUGUGUCACCAUUUCCUACAUUGCUGCCACCUCAACUAUUUUGUUCAGUCGAGCAAAAGCUAAAGAACAUGCCCAGAAAAUCCUUCAACUUCUUAUAGAUUUCAGUUAUGAAGAUAACCCUAUUUUUUUCCACCUCUUCAGUAACGGAGGUUCCAUCAUUUAUCAUCAUAUUUCUUCACUCUUAGGCAAUGCUUCAGAGUUUAAACAUCUUAAAGUUUGUGGAUCUGUUUUUGACAGUGCUCCAGGAAAACCUCGGCCAAUCAAUGCUAUAAAAUCCAUACUGAUUGUUUUCCAACAUUGGAAUAUUAUCUUUCGGCUGUUUGCUGCUCUCUUUUUGUUCAUCUAUCUACAUUUCACUGUCAUUAAACACAAGAUUUUAAAUUAUUUUAUGGGACCAGACCACGGUGAUGUCUAUUCAUUCCUGAAAAAUGACUCCGGAUAUUUGAUGCCUCAGCUCUAUCUAUAUUCCUCUGUUGAUAAAAUAAUAAUGUCUGAUGACAUUGAACAAAUGAUAAAGUUUCGUGAAGAGAGUCUUGGGGUUAAAAUCUUUAAACAUAAAUGGACAGAUUCUUCACAUGUCAAACACUUUGUCUCUCAUAGAGAAACCUAUAUUAACACUUGUUACAGCUUCUUGGAUACAUGUCUGAAAGAAUUUAUUCAAAAGUCUGAAAGUUCAAAGUUUUAAACCAAGAAUCUGUGUGCUAUGACAAUGAGAUGAGAUAUAUAUGUAUGUGUAUAUAUAAUGUAAUACUCUGCUUCUCACAACAUUCAUGUGUUCGAGUGUUAUGUAUGAAAUGGCCUUAACCAUGGAACAAAAUCGAAGACCUAGUUGAAAUUUUUAACAAAAUGAAACUAUCUUUUGAUGAGCAAUCAAUUUAGGCAUCAAAUAAAUAUUUUUUUAAAUGUAUAAAAUGUGAAAUUUUCACAGAUCCUGCUAAUUAUUAUAUGGCUGAUUAACUCAUUUGUCAGCGCUCACAAAGAUGUUGUGCAAGUUUCUUUAAUUCCCCAAAGGCACAUAAUUAGCAAGAUCAUAUUUGUAUGAAGGCUUAUAUGGUGAAUUUUUAAAAUUUUAAUUUUAUAUGCUUAAGCUUUGUUAAAUAAUGGCUUUCAAAUUUUGGGAUUUAUUUAUUUCAACAGUUAAGCUUGGUGAAACCUAGGUUUGGAAUAUUGAUUAGUUCAACUCAUUAGCAUUUAAACCAGCCAUAUCCGACCCAAAUAUUCUACCUGUUUUUUUGUUCAAACCAGAAAGAUAUGACCUUGCACACCUACCCUACAAUAUCAUUCUAAAAGUAAACAAUCAUUGAAAUCUUGAAGUUUCAAGAUGUACUUGCUUAAUUCAGAACAAUAAACAAACAUAUUUGACAGAGUAAUCUGAAUGCUAAGGUUAUCAUGUGGUUUGUGACAAUUAACAAUGAUAAUAGGUGGGGAAAAAAGUUCCUUCAAAUUCAUUAAUGUUUCUAGUCUUUAUCUUCUAACCUUAAAGAAAAACUUUAAAAAAAAAUCAUGUGAGUUAUGAAUGUAUACAUUUGUAAGUCUGUAUUUGAAAUGUUGAUUACUUGGUUUGAAUAGAUUAUAAUCUCCUCGGAGUGCAUAACAAUAUUUUCUGGAACAUCAGCUAAUUCUUGACAUAGCAGACUCUUAAAUAUUGGAAUGGGGAUUUCAUUUGAAUGUAGUACAGGUCAUAUUGUAGUGUCAAAAUCAGGUCCUGAUAAAGCAAAACCGAGUAAAAAUUUGUGCUCAGCACACCCAAAUUAUCUCGAACUGUCAAAUCUAAUUCAGUAGAUAAAAAAUUGAAAUUUGUUCCCCAGUGUUAUCUUUUAGUAAGCCAAUCUCUCGUUGCUGUGCCAUCUAAUGUGAUUUGACCUUUUACCUGUCCUGUGAAUUACAUCAGAUACACAGGACAUAUUUUCCUGGUGUCUAAGCAUCAUAGAGUAACUUGUGUCUUAUGAAAGGAAAGCUUUAUAGUCAGAACGUAUGAAAUAAGGGCUAACUAAAAGUCUGAAAACAAGCAUAGAGGUUUAGGACAAACUUAUGAAAAUGCUUUGAAUGAGCAAAGUGUUAAGUGACUAUUAUCAUAACCUAGUGAUUCAGUGACGUUCAUUUGUCUACAUUCUUAAUUCAUAUCUCAGUAAAAUCCUGUUAUCUUUCAAUUUUCUUGGGGUCAAAACCAAAAUAUGUGGUCUAGUGUCACAACUGGUUACUGUCUUUUUAUAUUAUUAUGUGGCAACCUAUGAUCAAAGGUGACCCAGUUGUGAUCAUCCUUUUCUUUUAAGAGUAUGUCUGAGAUUACAUUAUCCAAUAUGUCUUAUUUAAGAUAGUAGUGUGAUUUGAAGGAGACUUAACUACUAUUUCUAGGAAAAUGCGUGUUCACAUACAGGAUGCAUUGUUUUCCCUGUAUCAGGCAUACACAACCUUUGAGGUGGGGCCACAUGUGGCAUGGCUCAUCAUCAAACAGGACAAUUAUUAAAAAAAUUGGAGGCAGUUUUUCAUUAGGCAUGCCAUUCAAAUGGUGAACUGACUCAUUUUAAGUCAUUUUAACUGAAACUUGUCUCAAAGAUUCUAGGUCCUUGCAAGCAGACCAGUUAUAUAUAUAUAUAUACUGGAGAAUAUAUUUGAAGUGUAUGCAGUGAUAAUGUCACUGCCAUAAAGUAUUUUUGUAAUAAUUUCAAAAUAAUAAAGAUGGGAAAUGUCUUUUAAAUUUUGGGAGUCUUAAUGAUUAUGUUUUUGCAGUUUUAAAUGUUACUAAUCCCUUCCGUCCAUGACCAACUGCUUGAAAUGGUGUAAUUCCACCAAUGCUCUGAACUUUGUGUGUGUACAGAUAUUCUCUAUACCCCCACCCCACCCCAAUCUCUCUUAUUGUCCGACAGAAUUUGUUGAGGCAGAUUUUCUUUGGUCAAUGCCCUUCCUGUUGCUGAUCCUUACCUGGUUCCAAACAAUACUUUCCCAAAGCUUGACAGUUCUUUACUCUCUGAGUUGAAUCCUCACUGAGGCCUACUUUUUCUUUCUCCCUUCCAUAGUCAGUAAAAUAUCAUACUAAAUUAGAUAUUUUCUUUUCCCAAAUUUGUGAUUACUUAAGAAAAUCAGUAUACACUUUGCAUUGUGGGGAUAUUCCCUUCAUCAGCUGCCAACUGAAGAUCACAAUGAUUUCAGUACUUUCCAACAAUUUUGCUCCUUCUAGUCAUGAUACCAAGUAGCAUUGAUGCUAACAGGGAAUAUUUAGAUUAUUUGAGCCUACACUGACAUGCUUUUCUUUUUCUUUGUUAUUCAUUCCCUCACCGUAUCAAUCCAACUGCAAUUGUAACCACUCCAUGCAGUAACUUUUGUUUUUAUUACUUGCUGAAGAGUUUUUCUUUAUUAUAUAAUAAUAUAAAAUGAAUAUAAACGUGUUUGGUUACAAUGAUUAUAAGUAUGCAAGUUCUAUAAAAAUGUUUACACAUGCAUGCACACACAAACCCAACAAAUAAGCUGCUUCACAGUUUAGUUUUCCUCAUCUUAAAGCUGACAACUGAUUUUACAAUGUAUUAGAUGUAUUAGAUUCUGAUCUAUGCGUUUAGUCAUUGCUUUAAAGUGGGAGGAAAAAAGGGAUCAAAGAUACAUCCCAAACCAUAGGCUAAUAAGCCCAGUUUCCUGGAUUCUGUGGCAUAUAUAUUCCCUUCCCCUUGGAUAGGAUGCCAGUCCAUCACAGAAUUAUUCACCUUUGUCAGCUAAGUGGUACGUGAAAUGAAGUGUUUUGCUCAAGAGCACUACACAUCACCCAGUCCAGGAACCGAAACCACAUUUUACGAUCGUGAAUGCCACACCCUGACUACUAACCCACACACCUUCGCAUAAAAUAUAGUGGAACUGAUAAAAAAUAUGCAUAUCAAUACUGGUUAUGAUAUACAGAGCAACUGUUGGAGAAAUAACCUAAGUUUAUUCUGUUGAUGAUCCAUUGUGAUUCUGCAUUUAAUUGCACUUGGGACAUCUAAUGCAAAGGUUGUAAAUAACUCCAAUGGUGAAAUGUAUGAAAGGAACAUAUUAUAUUCAUUUGUGUUUACCAUAAUUUCUCCUAAAUUUUCCCUGUAUAUCAUAACCAAUAACACUUAGUAAAUGCAGUAGUAACCACACUACUAUGCUGAGAGCAAAUUGGAUUAUAAUAGUCCAUAUGUAACUCUAAACUUACCAGUAGCAAUCAUAAAUCUAAUGGUAUGCACAAGAUAUACUAUAUCUCUACUUAAACUAAAUGUACUGAACAAGUGGUUCCAAUAUGUAUUUCCAACUCUUUAAAUGUUUCCACAAAGGGAAAUGAAAAUUUUAGUUGAAUUUAACCAGUAUGUUUAUUAAGAAACAUCCUAGAAUAGUGUAAAAAUCAGUCGAAAAGGGGAUCGUUUAAAAACCAUGGUAUACUGAUUUUUCUGGCCUAAAGUUAGCUAUUAUUUCACACUGCUACCAAACCACUUUUUAGCUCUUUCUUUUAUUUGCUUCUUCAAUAUAUUAGAUUUUUUUUUUCCAAAUGUAGUUAAAUUGACUUUUGUUUUGUUUUUCCUUGCAACAUUGUUUUGAUGUUUUCUUUCAAAAAUAAACCCUUUUACUAUAAACAUUGAUUUUAUUAAAUAACUAUUCUUACUUUUGAAGACGUAUUUGUUUGCACUGUGAAGCAGGUUGCAACUUGUUAGGUAUGAAUCAAAGUUUAAAACAAAAAUUUAUAUACAAGCUUGUGUUGAAACAAAUUAACAUAAAGUUUUGAUGGAAGGUUUUAAAUUAGUUCACAUUUAAGUACAAAAUGUCUAUUGUAGGACGAGGAGCAGUUUCAGGCAGGUUGGUAUCAAAGGGGUUAAAAUGUUGACUUCUUUAUAGAAGAGUGGUCUUUUUGAUAAUUUGAUCAAAGUUAUCAAAUAUGCUAAAUAUUUAUAUAAAAUAUAAAGAAUAUUCAUGCUGACAUUAAUUAAAUAAUUGGUCUCUUGUGUUAUUUAAUAAUAAAGUUUCUUCAAAUUGAAGUGCUAUAGACAUGGCUGUGUUCAACUGAAUGUUUUGCUCAGAAUGUAUAUGAAAAUAUUAAACUGUUAACUGAAAUAAAAUGGUAAUCCAAUCCAGA